AUGGACCACAGCAUUCUAGUCCUCAACGCCCAAGCCCUUCGAGAUUUAGCUGCCGCAGAGGAUAGCACCUCUCCUUCGUCAUCAGAAGCUCUUCUAGGCAUCGAGAGAAAGUCAAUCGAGGUAGCAAGUCGUGUGCUGGACCUGUUGAGUUUGGAUAAAACGAUUAUCGAACUUGCGCUUGGAUUCCAGAAUAACCAGUAUCUCAUGAUUUGCCACGUCAUGACCGAGGUUCUACGCGCUAUCAAAAGAGGCGCUCUCACGCCCGAAGAAAACUCUGCUGCCGCAGGAAAAGUCAUCGGCGUUAUUCCUUUGCUCGAUCAGAUCGUGCAACUCCUCCCUGCAACGUCAGCAGCUCAUCUCUACUUUGAUCUCGCCCGCUUCUUCGCGUGUCAGAUUGACUCGUUGAUGGGUGCACCAGAUUUACAGGAGAUGCGCGAGACUAUUGAUACAGGAAUGUUUACAGAUGAUUGGUUCAAGGCUAUGGAUACGGGAAUGCCGGAUGUUUAUACGCUUUUGGACAUGGGAUAUCUUGGGAUGGAUCAGCCGAUGAUGGAUACUGACGACUUUAUGGCGUUGAAUGAUUUCAACAGUAUUACUUAG